AUGGCUCCUCCACCGGAGUAUGAUAAGGAACCAAAAGCACCGGAUAAAAGUAUCGCUAAUAUUUCUAUAGACGAUUCAAAAGUACUUUACAAUCAUAUUAAGGAUCAUACAACGAACCCUGACCACAAAGCCGUGACAGCGAGUGCCAACGAAGUAGAGAACAACAAACAUGUUGAAACACUCGACGAUGGUCAACUGCGUGCGCUACUAGAUGAGGCUAUCACAUAUAAAUGUCCUAAAGACCGUGAGGGGAAGAGUAUACUUUUCAAGAAUCUUCUGCAAGAGGUGGAACAAGACGAGCAGGCGUGCGAGGCGGCGGCGCGCGAGCUGGGCGCGGGGCGCGGGGGCCGGCGUGGGCGCGGCCGCCGCGAACAUCACUCGAGCUUACAGGACCUAGUGGCGGCGAUGGCGGGCGAGGCGGUGCCGCGGCGCGGGCGCGCGCACGCCGCGCACGCCGCGCCGCCCGCCGCCAGCGUGUCGGCGCGCGCGCUGCACGGCGGCAGUCUGCCCUCCGGCGUCGACACUUCGUUCCUCCUGAGCGAGGAGGCGGGUGCGGCGGGCGGCGCGGGCGCGGGCGCGGCGCGCGGCGGCUACCUGGCCACGGUGCGCUGCGUCAACCCGCCGCCGCUGGCCGAGCGCCGCGUGUCGGCCGGCGACGCCGCGCCCGAGCCCGCCGCGAACCACGCGCUCGCGGACGACGCGCCCGCCAGAAGGAGUAAGCCGGUGUUCCCGAUGACGUACACAGCGCGAGCGACGCUCGAGAUCGGCAGCGGCAGCGUGUGCUCGGGCCGCGCGGUCACCACCACCACCGCGUCCAACCAGGUGCGUACCCCCCACUCCCCACCGCGCGCCGUGCGCCCCGCGCCCUCCCCGCAGGCUCGCCUGCUGCGCGCGCUGCGCGGUGGUGACCCGCGCGGCCCCGCGCCCGCCGCGCCAGCCGCCCGCGCUGACGCGCUGUGGGCCGAGAGCGUGGCCGCCUGGUACAGCACGCUAGGCCGCUACGACCCCGUAGAUCGCAUCAAACACAACUCUAGUGUCGCUCAUAGUAAUUUACAGUCCAAGAGCACUAAUAAGUCACAAACUGAUAAACAACUCCACGUAGAUAGGCAAAAUUUAUCGAAGAAUAAAAACGAUACUAAUAGUGCUAGUAGCGCACAACAUAGAACACUUAAUAUUAAUAAACAAUUUAAAGAUUCGUUUUAUAAAGAUAUUUCUAGUAACGUACAUAAAGCUAAAUGUGAUAAUAUUGGAAACGGAGGAAAUGUUUUCGAUGAUAACGAAAGUGAUAUUAGUUUAAGGAAAGAGUAUAGAGAAAGAGUAGGCCAUGACUUAGUGGCACCGAGUAUAUCAACAAUAAAUCCAAAGAAUUUCAGAAGUAUGACUAUAGGCAAGCCUUUAUAUUUACCUACACAAGAAAGUAAUACUAAAAAGAAGUCACAGAAAAAAAAGCGUAAAGAAUUUCAAGUGGAAAUUGAUGGCAACCGUUCCGUUGUAUGUAAAGAUAUAAAAACUCAAGAUAGUGACGAUAUCGCCACAAACAGUCUUCAAUAUAGUAACGAGUCUGAAUUCCCAAAAACACAAGUAGGAAAGCAAACUAAUAUUGAAAUAGAAAUGAGCGAAAUGGUCUCAAAACGUCCAGAAACAGAAACACAUUCUAGCAUAGAAAUGACUGAAAUGAUCUCAAAAUACCCGAAACAAAUUUCAAAUAAUACAGACAUUGAGCUUGUAGAUAUUUCAUAUAAUACAAUUCCUGAUACAUAUCAUUCUUUCUCCGAAUUCGUCUCUAACCAACAUAAACUAAUGGAAAUUAUAGAAAUAAAUAACAAUAAUGAUAUUUCUGCACAAAAUCAGGUCAAUAUCGAAAGCCAAUUUAAAGAAAUUGCAGAAGUUGAUGAUAAAAACGUAAAUAUCGAUGAGUCGAGUGUAAUGGACGUUGACAAUAAAAUAUCAAAAGAUGUUGCACUUUCAAUAACAAAGGAAGACGUACAAAAACCGAAUGAACAAUUUGUCAUCACUGAAUUACCAGAUAACGCUUAUAUUUUUCUAACACUUCCAAAAAGCUUUCUCACAGCCGCUUGUAACAAAAACGAACAGACCGUUAAAAUUAAGGAAAUCGCCAAUAACAAUACUAACGAUGUCGAUGCAAAUAAAAAUACUAAUAAGAAAUCCAAGAAAAAACAAAACCAAGUAACAUCGAAUACAGCCAACAGCAAUAUGAAUAAAAGUGCUUUGAAAAUGCUUCUUUACAGAGAUAGUGACAAAUAUAAAUCAGUUAAAAAGAAAUCUAUCGAGGACCUUGAGGUGGACUCGGCCAUACCGUUCAGUUGCAUCACGACGCCCGAGGUUGUGGCGAGCUGCAACACCACCUCCUCUACUUCGCAGUCGACCGUCGCUGUAGACCCUAAGCCCCGCAGCGUGAUAUCAAGCAACUUCAACGGUCUGCCGCUGUCCCGGCCCGGCUACGCCUCCACCACCUCCUCCAACACCGACGAGUACAAGGUGCCUAUACUCACUGUGCACUACCGUUUACAGAAAUCUCUUGAUGAAAACGGCAAUGCAGUACAAGGAUUCAGUUCACCCCUCUCAGGAUCUAGUCAACACAAGAAGCCACGGAGGAAGAAGUCGUCCAAAAACGAGACGGUGAUCACGUCGCACCAGAUCGACGGCUACCAGGGCAACAAGGACCUCAACGAAGUGCUGCGCUUCAUUGAGUCACACGCAGACGGCGCGCGAGCGCCCAAGCUGCGCGCCAAGCACCACGAUUGCGACGACAAGGCGGGCAAGAAGCGCUCCACUGAGCGCCGUAAGGACAAGGAGCCCAAGCUCAAGCGCGCCACCUCGCUCGAGGAGCUGUCGCGCACCACGCUCGAGGACCUCACGGACGAGCGCCGCCCCGCGCCCGCGCCCGCCCGCGCCGGCGCCGCGCCCGCGCCGCCCAAGCCCGAGCGCCGCUCCUGGGGCGACGACGCGCGCACGCUGCUCUAUCGUCCGCCCGCCUCCGCACCCACCCCCGCCCCGGCUGAUGCCGCGCCGCAAGAGCUCACCGACUUCCAGACCGUCACCAAGAAACGCAAGCCCCGUCGCCGUGCCGACGACGCCGACCGCGACCCCGCCACACGCCGGGCGCGCGCCACCUCGCCUGAGCCUCGUCGCGCGCCGCCGCCCUCCGCGCCCCCCUCUGCGCCCGCCUCUGACCGCAGCAACGACUCCAACGACGACAUGGACUCCGUGCACUCGUUGCCCGCCACCGCCACCACCAUACCGCCCGCCCUCGCUGCGCCCCCCGCCCCCCUGCGCCGCCCCCGCCGCCGCCGCCCGCGCCGCCGCACGCCUCUGCCUGCCGGCGGGGGCGGCGGUGGCGGCGCGGGGGCGGGCGACGCGGAGCAGUACCCGGCGCUGGAGGCGCGGCGCAAGCCGGCGGUGGCGCGGCCGGAGCGCGCGCGCAAGGAGCGGGACGCGCGCGCGCCCGAGCCCGCGCCCGACGUGGUGGCGGACCGGCGGCCGCCCGUUAUCCUGCUAGACUCGGCGGCGCGACCGCGGGACAUGGACGGCGUCACGUUCGGCUUCGACAUCAACGAGCAGCUGCUGGGCGGGCCGCGGCGCGCGCGCUGCGACUUGCUGCGCGACGCCGAGCCCGCGGCGCCGGGCGCGCCGCCGGCCGCGCUGCCGGUGCGCGCGGGCUGCGGCGCUGCGCUGCGCUACGUGCCGCCCGACGCGCCGCCCGACACCGCGCACCUGCACCAGAUCAUAGACUACGUGGGCGCCGCCUGGGACGAUGUGGUGCGGUGCGGCGGCGGCAAGGUGCGCUACUUCAGCGAG